AUGCUCAUUCAGAACCUCACAGAGUUAUACCUUGAUGAUGUAAACAUAUCAUCAGCACGUGGGGCUCACUGGAGCCAAGCAAUAUCAUCUUCACUGCCAAACUUGAAGGUGUUGAGCUUGCGAAGCUGUAAUAUUUCAGGCCCUAUUCAUCAGUCUUUUGCUAAGCUUCAGUCUCUAUCCGUGCUUCUAUUGGAUCACAACGAUAUCUCUGCUCCAAUUCCUGGAUUCUUUGCCAACUUUUCAAGCUUGACUUCCUUAAGUCUCAUUUCAUGUAACUUGUACGGGACGUUUCCCAAAGAGAUCUUCCAGAUAACUACACUGCAGGAAGUUAACCUUUCAUGGAAUCCCCGGCUUCAGGGUUCCUUGCCAGAAUUUCUUAACAAUGGAUCUCUCCAAUACCUAGAUCUAAGCUGGUCAAAAUUUUCAGGGUUCCUGCCAAAAUCUAUUGGCAACCUUAAAAUGUUGUCUACACUAGACUUCUCAGAUUGCAGUUUCACUGGAUCAAUCCCAAACUCAGUCGCAAACCUAACACAAUUGAUUUUUUAUCCAUGUCCUCAAAUAGUUUUAAUAGUCCCAUUGAUUCUAUUCACUGGGAAAACCUUGUUAAUCUGGAAGUUCUCAUGUUGGACUCCAAUCUACUCCAUGGGAGUAUUCCAUUGUCUCCCUUUUCUCUUCCUGUAUUUAUCACUUUCGCAGAAUCAAUUCUAUGGUCAAUUACCCGAAUUUGCCAACAUCUCUUCAAACUUACUGGACACCCUUGAUUUGAGUGGCAACCAUUUGGAAGGACCAAUACCUACUUCUAUCUUUAAUCUUAGAGGGCUUCAAGAUCUUCGGCUUUCUUCAAACCAUUUCAGUGGCUUUCCUUUCAGUGGUCCUCAGCAGCCUAAAAAUCUUUCGUUUCUUGAUCUUUCCAACAAUAGCUUGUUGAUUGAUUACAAUGGAAGCAGUCCAACAUCUUCCUCCUUCCUUCAAAUUCAAGACUUGUUCUUGUCCUCUAACAAGUUGAGGGCCUUCCCAGACUUCUUGAGAAAUCAAUCCAGAUUAGCCAAUUUGGACCUUUCAGAAAACCAGAUUCAAGGCGAGAUACCCUACUGGAUUUGGAAGCUCAAUUCUCUUAGAUUCCGUUGGGUUCGAUUGAGUGGUGGUGAUGUCAAUCUGGUUCAAUGGGGCGGUGGUGAUUUUGAUUGGGUGAUGGUAGUGGUUCAAGCUCUGCGUGUGGUUGCGGUUUCGAGCGAUCGUGUUUGA